AUGCCAUACCCAGCUACCGCCACCCCGGGCGAGGGAGAAACAGGAACCGUGGCGCCCAUCCUUCCCUCGGCGCAGGCGCGCUCCUCACACACUCUCUCCACGCCCCAGCUUCAGCGUCUCGCCAACAGCGGCGAUGCGGGCGCACAAGUCGACCUGGGCGCUGCUUCCUCCUCCUCCUCCUUCGCAUCCACAUCCGCAUCGGCCGAGCCACCACGGCCGAAAAAGGUGGUGCAGCCCAAGGGGUGGCUCCACUUUGUCGCCGGUGGAGCAGGCGGCAUGUGCGGGGCUAUCAUCACUUCGCCGCUCGACGUCGUCAAAACACGCCUCCAGUCCGACCUGUAUCGACAACGCUCGGCGCAGAAGCAGCCAAUAUCGACGCAAUCCGCCGGCGUGCUUCAGAACCUGCGUACGCUGGCGUACCACUUUGUAGAGACGGGACAGCUGCUCAAGGAGAUCAGCACCACCGAAGGUCCACGUGCGCUGUUUCGCGGGCUUGGCCCCACGCUCGUCGGCGUCAUCCCCGCGCGCUCCAUCAACUUUUACACGUACGGCAACGGCAAGACGCUCAUCGCCGAGCGCUUCAACGGCGGCAACGAGACCUCGCUCGUCCACCUCUCCGCCGCAGCAUUGGCAGGUGUCGUCACGGCCACCGCCACCAACCCCAUCUGGGUCGUCAAGACGCGCCUACAGCUCGAUUCGCGUCGCAACGACAAGGCCUCCUCCUCAUCAACAACUCAGGCAGCACCACACAAGGUCGCACCAGCACGUGCGGCAGGUGCAGGCGUCGCACGCUUCUCCACCUUCUCCGCCGUGCACAGCAAGAAGGCGCUGGGCGCGUUUGGCGAGCCGGCCUUCUUUCAUGCAGCCAAGGCGUCUAGUGGGUCGAGCAUGAACUCGAUGCAGAUGACGCUGCACAUUGUGCGCAACGAGGGUCUCAAGGGCUUGUACAAGGGUAUGAGUGCCAGCUACCUCGGUGUUGCGGAAGGGACGAUCCAGUGGGUGCUGUACGAGCGCCUCAAAAAGAUGGGCACAUCCAACACCGACACCGCCGCAAAGGAGGGUAUGGGUGCCAAGCUGUCGAGCAUGGUCGGGGCGGCAGGUGUAGCCAAGCUCGUGGCGAGCCUCAUCACCUAUCCUCACGAAGUGGUGCGCACGCGAUUGCGACAGCAGGCCGAACCUGGCCAGCGACCAAAGUACACCGGCCUUGUACAGACCGUCAAGUUGGUUUACAGAGAAGAAGGGCUCGCUGCACUCUACGGCGGUCUCAGCGCACAUCUGCUGCGUGUCGUGCCCAACGCUGUGGUCAUGUUCAGCAUCUACGAGCUCACUCUCCGCCUAGCCACAAACACCGAACCCUAA